AUGCACCUCCAUGGGCGGCUCGGCUGCGAGCACGCGUACCCCGACGAGCUAAAGGACCUCACGCCGCUCGAGGAGAAGCUCAUCUCGCUCAACUCGUGCUACGGCUUCGUGACGAAGUAUAGCAUCCCCGGCGGCCAGAGGCAGAGCGUGAGGUACCCGAGGCACGUCAAGGGCCAUAUCACGGUGUUCCCGAACGACGUGCAGGGCCUGGCUGCCAAGGUGCUCCCGCACCCGCUGGUCCGGGUCAUGGACGAGAUCCACGUCUCGUGGCAGGGCGCUGAGAGGCCCGGGCCGCGGGACCUAUCAGGCCUGCUGUCGGAGAACAACCCGCUCUACGGCGAGGUCGAGAUCGACGCGGCGGAGAUAGCCAGCUGGGGGCGCCGCCGCACGGUGCCGCCGGUGGUGUGCGAGCGGCUGGAGCGAAACGAGCCGUCGGCGCGGGAGAGGACGCAGACGGCGCAGGUGGUGCCGCCGUCGGAGCGGGCCAUGGACGACGGAGGCGCGGCCGAGAUCGAGGAAAUCCUCGCGAUGCUAAGGCAGGGCCAGGACCCCGCCGAGGGGAGCCGCGACGUCGGGCUCACGUGCGAGGACGACGACAGGGACGGCGCUAGGCCCGAAGAGGACGGGGACGUAAUCAAUGAGGUAACGUCUUCCGGCAUGUUCCCGUUAGAUGGGGCGCCAGAUGUGGCCGACGCCGAGAAGAUUCGCUUCGCCCGCGACGCGGUCGGGCCCGAGGAGCGCGCGCCAGCCGAGGACGUGGGUAGGGACGGCGGCCAGAGGGCGGCGGGCGACGGCGGCGACGGCGAGCCGUACAUACAGGUGCGACGCGGCGAGGAUUUCGCCGACUCGGCGGACGCCUCCUUCUUUGCAAAGGCCUUUCCGACCCUGUUCCCCUUUGGCUUAGGCGGAGCGGGUUGCAGAGGGCCUUAUGUCGACGCGGAACAUGAAGCUCCAGGCAUGGGCCGACGUCGUGCUGCGGCGUCACGGCGGCCGGUUCGCGACGCACCUAUCUUCGCCUUCCUUGUCUUUAACAUGGGCGUGCGGUCUAAGAACCGCCAGGCCAGCAUGCUAGGCGUAGCGAGGAAGAACUUCGCAAGGGUCGAGGGCCUACUAAAGUCGUUAACGGCGCAGAGGCUCGAGGCGGCCAGGCCGAGCUCGAGGCCACAGGUACGGGUGCCGGCUAUCUGGUUCACGCUGAACCCGAACGACAUUACGAACCUAGUAAAGUUACGGCUAGCGGCGCACCGCGGCCGCGACCCCGACGAGGCCGAGGCCUUCCUAAGUGACCUAGGGACCGCGUAUAAGCGGACGCGGCUGGCCAUAUCGGACCCGAUGAGCUCGGCCGUCUUCUUCCACCGGGAGAUGACGCUCUUCUUCGAGCACUACGUCAACGUCGGGGAGGAGUCGGUGUUCGGCCACGUCGGCGCAUACUACGGGGCGGUAGAGACCAACGAGCGAGGCGCCCUCCACAUCCACGGGCUCCUCUGGCUAAGGGGCAACGCGGGCAUUGGCGACGCGCUCGCCGGCCCGGACGCGGAGGAGCAGGCGGCGUACCGGGAGCGCAUCGUCCGCUACGUAGAUAGCGUCUUCUCUGAGGAGCUAGACGCAGAAGGUUACUGUGCCAUGCAGGCAGAGCGGUCGGCCACGGCGGACAUAUCGUCGCGGCUCGACGACGUCGCGCGCUUCACGGACACCUUCGACGAGGAGGCCAACUUCUGCGCGGGCGCGACGCAGAUCCAUACGCAUAGCGCGACCUGCGCGCCGUGGAGGUUGGUGGAGAGGACGGCGCUGACGGCGGACGGGGUGCUCGAGAUCCGGCGGACGCAUAGCAUGGUGAACCGGUGGAACAGGGCGAUGGCAGUGGGGCUACGACACAACCACGACAUCUCGUUCAUCGCGACGCAGCGCAAGACCAUGGCCCUAAUCUACUAUAUUACUAACUAUACGACGAAGGUAGAGGACCCGGUGUGGAAGCGUGUGGCCGCCGCGGCCGAGUUCCUUCCUGUGCUAGAGCCGACGGGAGAGGGCAACAGAAGUGGCGCCGACCGCGACGCCGGCCGGGAGGGCGGGGCCGAAGGGGUAGCGACGGCGGCGGACCCCGUAGGGGGGAAUAAGACGAGAACGUUCCUGCUUAAGGCGGCGAAUCGAGUCUUUACGGAGCGGCCGCUGUCGCAGGUCGAGGUGAUCGCGCACCUCCUAGGGUACCCGGCGGAGUUUAGCAGCGGCUCAGCGUGGGCGUAUAUAAACGCAAACCAGCUCUACUGGGCCGUCUUCCGCCGGUGGCGGCACCUCCGACGGGCGAGCGGCGCCGAGGCGACGGGCGACGCGCCGGACGAGACGGCGCUUAGGCGGCCGGGUUGCGGGGCGACUGUAUGCGUCGACGGAUACCUCAGCAAGGAGUUCAGCGAGGAAGACGACGAGUCGUGCCACCGGAGGGCGGCGGUGCAGCACCUGGCCCUAUUCCUCCUCCGGCGGUCGGCGGAGGACGCGAAGCGCGACGCCAAGCAGUGGGCCGCCACGGCCGAGGAGGGCGGUAUGACGGCGCCGCAGGCCGACGACGAAGACAGGGGCGGCCGAAGGGGCGAGGAGGCAUACCGCGCCGGCGGGGCGGGCGACGCGGCUCGGCUCAUCGACGUCGUCCGGAACGCCGCCAGCGCGGGACAAGUCACGGCGCAGUCAACAGAGCUGCUAGCGAUGACGCAGCAGCUCUGCCGGUUCCAGCAGUCGGCGCUCGGGUCGGCGGCCGAGCUCGCGGCGACGGUGGUGGCGGACGAGAGGGCAGGCAGGCGGGUGAACCUACCGGGCUCGGCGCUGUCGGGGGCGGCACUGCCGCGGCAAGAAGAGGUGCGGGCCAUCAAGUCGCAGCAGAGGAGCGCGGCGCGGGGGGAGCGGGCGAUCCAGGGCAUCCAGGGCGGCGGGGCGGCGGCGGGCGUCGGGGCCGACCGCGGCGCGGCCCUUCGCGGGGUGAUGGGGGGCUUCGGCGAGGACGACAUCGACGUAACGGCGGCCGACGGCGACGCAGACGCAGGCACGGCGGCGGGGAUGCGCGAGCUGGCGGGCCAGCUCACGCUCAACGAGAAGCAGGCCAUCGCCCUCCUAAUCGUGUGCCGGCAACUCGACCGAAUCCGGCAGGGCGACGACGCAGGCGGCGACGGUGGUGGCCAGCUCUGCCUAUUCAUCGGCGGCGAGGGCGGCACCGGCAAGUCGCGCGUCAUCGAGGCGCUCGUCGAGCUGCUCGCCCGGAGGGACCUAUCGAGCCGGCUGCUGGUUACGGCGACGUCGGGGACGGCGGCAGCGCGGAUCAACGGCAUCACGCUGCACUCGGCCUGCGGCCUUACGGGCGAGCGCUUCGUCGACGGCCGGUCGCGGAUGGACUGGCAGGAGAAGGAGGUGCUGGUGAUCGACGAGGUCAGCAUGCUCGGGGCGCGGACGCUGCACGCCGCCAACGAGCAGCUCUGCCGGCUGCGGGGGUCGGCGCGGGACUUCGGCGGCAUCCCGGUAGUGAUCCUCUGCGGCGACUUCCACCAGUUCCGGCCGGUGCAGGAACGGUCGAUCCUGCUGCCGAGCGCGGCGGUGGCGUGGGACGAGGACGGGGCGUUCGCGGCCGAGCAGCGGCGGCAGCACGACAAGGCGCACGCGCUGUGGCGGCGCUUCACGACGGACCGGUCGGACCUAGAGCUGCUCAACUCGAGAUGCUACCGGCCGGGCAGGCGGAUCCCGUGGGAGACGGGCCUGACGGUGGUGACGCCGCUCAACCGGAACCGCUGGAACCUCAACCUAGAGGCGGCGCUCGCGUUCCGGGAGAGGCGGCGGACGGCGGCGCGCGUCUUCCUCUCCGAGCAUAAGUGGAGGGACGGCGUGCCGACGGAAGAGGAGGCGGUGCUAAUGCUAGGCCAGGGCGACGACAGCGCGACCCCGGUGCCGGCCGUCUUCCUCUUCGUGCCAGGCAUGCCGGUCGUCGUGAACCAGAACACGCACCAGGGGCUGAAGCUUGUGAACGGGGCCGGCGUCAAGAUCACAGCGCAGCGGAAGCGGCCAUGGCAGCGCAACGACGUCAGCCGGAGGGGCCUGCCGUGCGCCGCGGCCUUCGCCUGCACCGACUAUAAGGUGCAGGGCGGGACGCUAGAGCGCGUGGCGCUGGAGCUGCGGGGGGCGAGGAUGACGACGGUCGAGGGGAGGGCGGUGCCGUCGUCGUGCGACCCGUAUAGCCUAUACGUGCAGCUGUCGCGGUGCCCGACGCUCGACGGCAUCAUGCUCGUAUCAGAGGUGCGGGAGCGGGACCUAGUGGGGAACCGGGUGCCUGAGGAGAUGACGGCAGCGCAGGCCCGGCUAGAGGAGCUUAGCAGGCAGACAACACAGGAGGCGGCCGACUGGCUCCGCAGGUAA